AUGCCGCUGUCGCCGCCGCUGCUUCUGCUGCCGCUGCCUCAGCUAUCCAGUGAUGAAGCUGUUCAAAAAGUUCUUGCUGGAGAGAAAGCAGAUCUCAAAGGAAAUACUUCGUCAUCUUCUAAAUCCCAAAAUAAAGAAUCUAGAUCAGAAGACUAUCGAUCCCAUAAAGAGGGAAGAGGUGACUCCGAAAUAAAAGAAAGAGGCCCACGCCAAGACCAAAAAUCCAAAGAAGAGUUCAAAGAGGAAGAGUGCAAGAGAAAAGAAAAAGAAAGUGACAAACCUAAAGAAUAUACAAACCAUCAAAAGAAUCCUGAAAAAGAUCGUUUUAAAGACAGGGAAAAGCAUGAAAGAGAGAAAACUAAGAACAGAUCUUCCAAACAGGGCAGAGAGACAGAAAAGAUCAGGGACAGAGAAAAAGGAGAAGGAGCUAAAGAGGAACAUGACAAAGAAAGGGAUAGAGAAAGGAAACAACAUGAUGGAGGAAGAGAAAAAGACAGACUAAGAGAAAAAGACAGGGAAAGAGAAAGGGGUAGGGAGAAGGAUAAAGAACACGAGAAGGUCAGAGAAAAGGGAAAGGAUAGAGAAAAAGACAAACGAAAAGAGCGAGGCAGAGACACGGAGCAGUCACGAGAACAAGGAAAAGCCAAAGAUAGAAAGGCCACAGGAAGUGAGGAGAAUGUGAUUAAAGCGUCAGCAGAACGAUCUGAAAAAGAUAAAGAUAGUGCGGAGCCAGAUAAAGAAGUAAGGAAUAAAAAUAAUUUGCUGGUGACGGUAGUUUCCUAUUACUAUAUUCCUGUAAACAAGUGCAAAUGAGUACACUGGACUCUU